GUGUUUGCCUGCGAUGUUCCGUGAUUCUUGUUGAUGAUGUUAAAGCGGAGCUGAAGUGGCGCGCGGUGUGCGGGAUCUGCAGGAGCAUGCGUUAUUAGUUAUAAGUCGUACUUUACCGAGCGCGCGCGCAGCAGCAGCAUCAUCAUCAUCAUUACAGCGAGGAGCAGCGCUCCGUUCUCCCGGUGCAUGCUCGGUAAAAUCCCGCGCGCUGGAAAUCCUGAGGCGUUGAUCCGGUGAUGAUGGCCUUCGCCAUGCUGCGGCCCGUGGCCCCGCACCUGCUGUACCCGGAGCCCCGCGCGCUCUCCGACGACGAGGAGAACCGCAGCGAGAGCGACGGCAGCUCGGACCAGAGCUACGGCUGCUGCGCGAGCGCGGAAAAGCGGAGGCGCAACAGACCCACCACGGGCGGCGUGCUCAUCGUGAAGCAGCGCAAUGCAGCCAACGCGCGCGAGCGGGACCGGACGCAGAGCGUCAACACCGCCUUCACGGCGCUGCGCACGCUCAUCCCCACGGAGCCCGUGGACCGAAAACUAUCCAAGAUCGAGACGCUGCGGCUCGCGUCCAGCUACAUCUCCCACCUGGCGAACGUGCUGCUAACCGGGGACGCCGGCGAGCACGCGCAGCCCUGCCUGAGCGCGCACUGCCGCGGGGACGGAGGCGGCAAACAGCCGCGCACCAUCUGCACCUUCUGCCUCAGCAACCAGCGCAAAGGGGUGAAGGACGGUAAAGACUGUCUCCGGAUGCGCGGAUUAUCCUCAGUGCGCGUGAGCCGCCGGUAGCCGCCCGCGAGCCGCAACGUGCCGAACUCAGGGAAUGCGCGCGCGAGGCGGGAGAGCGCAGGGGCGGGAGCGCGCGCGCGCAGGAGCGCAGAGAAUAGACUGAUUACAGACUGACACUUACAGACCGUGAGUGAUGGGACUGCUCCUCUAUAGGGGGAUUCUCUCUGACUGUUGAUUUUUCAUUUUUGUUUAUUUGUUUGUUUGUUUUUGCUUUUUAAACAUGCAGUGCAUAAAGUUUUUUUUUUACUAAAGAGAAUUUAUGAAUUUUUGUACAAAAGUGUGUGUGAUCACGAGGUUUGUAUCCCACUGUGAUAAAAUAAAGUAUAUUUUUAUCAGA